CACUUGUUCGGUCCGAUUUUGGACCGGUGAUCAGCCAUAGGUCGGACAGUUUGUGGUAGAGAAUUAAGCUCACCUUAUAUUUUCUCCUCUAUCGCGCCUUAUCAGUAAGCUCUAAGAAAAAGCUUCAAUGGCUACUCUGAGCUUCAACCCUACCAAAUUCAGAGACCAAAAAGCAUCAAUCCCUUACAAACCCAUUUCCAAUUUCACUUCUUUUUCCCAACCCACCAAAAUUUCAUGUACCUCAACCCCUCAUAAUCUAUCAACCUCUCCCCUUAAAACCUCAUCAAAGUGUAGCAAACGACACCGUUUCCAGCUGAUCAAUUCAGUCUCUGAAAGCUCAAUUUCAUCCCCUGUCGAGGAAGCUGAAACAAUUGAAGAAGAUGAUAAAGUUGAAGAUGACCCGACUGCAGAAAUGAGCUUUCUUGACCCGGGAACUGAACCCGAAAACAUAACGGAAUGGGAAUUGGAUUUCUGCUCAAGACCCAUACUUGAUAUAAGGGGUAAAAAGAUAUGGGAACUUGUUGUUUGUGAUGAUUCUUUAUCUCUCCAAUACACAAAGUAUUUCCCAAAUAAUGUUAUUAAUAGCGUCACUUUGAAGAAUGCAAUUGUUGCCAUAUGUGACGAUUUGGGUGUCCCUCUUCCUGAGAAAAUUCGAUUUUUCAGGUCUCAGUUGCAGACCAUUAUAACCAAGGCAUGCAAGGAACUCGGAAUCAAACCUAUCCCAAGUAAAAGGUGCUUAUCGUUGCUUCUAUGGUUGGAAGAACGGUAUGAGACGAUUUAUACACGGCAUCCAGGGUUUCAGAAAGGAGCAAAGCCGCUUAUGGUGUUAGAUAACCCUUUUCCUAUGGAACUUCCUGAGAAUCUGUUUGGGGAGAGAUGGGCAUUUGUCCAGUUGCCUUUUUCAGCGGUGCGAGAGGAGGUGUCAACCUUGGAGAAGAAAUUUGCAUUUGGUGCAAGCCUAGAUUUGGAUUUGCUUGGGAUUGAUAUCGAUGAGGAAAUACUGAUUCCUGGUUUAGCUGUUGCAUCUUCACGUGCCAAACCGUUAGCAGCUUGGAUGAAUGGAUUGGAAGUCUGCUCCAUUGAAGCAGAUACAGCACGGGCAAGCUUGCUGUUAUCCGUGGGGCUUUCCACCCGGUAUAUUUAUGCUACAUAUAAGAAAACACCUGUCACAACACAAGAAACUGAGGCAUGGGAAGCAGCUAAGAAGGCUUGUGGAGGCUUGCAUUUCCUUGCCAUCCAAGAGGACCUUGACUCUGAUGAUUGUGUUGGCUUUUGGCUCCUACUAGAUUUGCCACCACCCCCUGUAUAACUAUAACCCCUUUUAUUUUCUCAAUGACAAACCCGGCUUUUUGUUUCAUUUAUGACAAUGGAUCAUCUUAGGCAUUGUGUCUUACAAACAAACAACAUGUCAUUGUAAACAAUAGUAGCACCAACACUCGAGUAUUUGUAUUUUGUGACCAAUACUAAUGGGCAUUAAACUUGUCAACUCCAAA